AUGGGGGGUCAGGCAAAGGGCAAAAAGAAAAACAAGCCGAAGAGGAAAGAGAACCGCCCAAAUACGGGUAAAUUUAAUCAUUUGUUGAACAUUUCCCUGCUAUUUACAGUGUGUUUUAACGCCAACCUUUCAGCUGUCAGUGAACAUCUUGAGCUUUGAUUGAAACCCAGACUUGAUGAGAAACUAACACAUGUUUACUUGUUUUUUGCCUCAUCACGACAGAUGCAGGAAUUGUUGGAUUGACCCCCCAAGAGAGAAUGAGAGUUAGGAUGCAUGAAAAGGCAAAGAAGAAGACAGCUGAGAAGUACUCUGUGCUACAACUACUUGAAAAGGUGACCCAACAUACUCAUCAUAACAAACACAUCCCCAGGACUUGCCUGCCUCUGAAAUAAAGUAAAGUAGAGUUAACUACUAUAAGGCCUGCUGACUGUAAUCACAUUAAAUUAAAUGAACAUUAUCCAUAAUUACUUCUAUCCUAACCCUGUAAACAUAAAUUUAUUUUGAUUCAUCAUUGCAUGAGCUGUUGUUGUUGUUGUUGUUGCUGUUGUUUUAAUGUUGCUGCUGUCCCCUGUCUCUCUCUCUCUCACCCUCGUUCUCUACUCUCUUCCUCCCUCCCCCUUACCUAUUCUCUCUCUCUCUCUCCUUAUCUCUCUGUAUUGCUCCCCAACCCAGCAGCAGCCUGGUGGCUGUCUGGCAUGAGUCUGGUCCCGCUCAAGGUUUCUGCCUGUUAAAAGGAAGUUUUUCCUUGCCACUGUUACUCAUGUUAGAUGAGAUGGGCCAAAUCCCAUCUUAGGUUGGGUCUUGAUAAUUCAUCAAACAAUGAGCGCGGUCUAGACCUGCUCUUUUUCUUUGGAAAGCGUCUUGGGAUGACGAGUGUUGUGAACUGAUUUGCUGUUCUUUCUAUUUCCUGGCUGUGUAAUACACUGUGUUAUCAUCUCUUAUACAGACAGAGGAGUACAUGGAUAGCUUUGACUUUGAGAUGGCUGGCCUCUUCUGUCAACGAGCCCUGGACGUGGAGCCCAACAACUUACAAGCUCUAGAUAUGCUUGGACACAUCCACUCUGAACUAGGAGACACACAGAAAGCCAAGGGAAUAUCCUUUAAGUUGUUGUGUAUGUCAGAAUGUCAGUCCUAUAUGUUCAUGCUACUUUUAGUGUAGUAAUGCUUCUAUAAGCAGCUUCUGUGCCACCUUGACUAGAUCUCUCCAGGUGUUUCUGCGUGCUGUGGAGCUAAGUCCAGAUGUGGGCCACAAUAAGUACAUGUACCUGGGGCAACUUCACUCAGGUCAGGAGGCUGUGGACUACUACAAUAGAGGAAUACAGGUCUUGCUCUCUGUAUUGGAAAAACAAGAACAUACCACAGUGAGUACAACCAAAACAAGCUGUUCCCUUCCAAUGACAGGUGCAUAUCAACAAAAGAGAGAGAGAAAAAAACUCAGCAACUGGAUUGAUUUAAGUGCCAUGUAAAUGAUUUGCACAAGAGGGUGCUGUUUGACUGUGUAUGAAAUAUCUAUCUAUCUAUCUAUCUAUCUAUCUAUCUAUCUAUCUAUCUAUCUAUCUAUCUGUCUAUCUGUCUGUCUGUCUGUCUGUCUGUCUGUCUGUCUGUCUGUCUGUCUGUCUGAAGUUAGUUUCCACUUUUAACAAAAUCUAAAGCAUGGUAAUGUCUGUAUGAAUAAACAAUACGGUACUGGACAGCUUAGUAGAAAGAAAAAAUGUAAUUGAUAUUCAUUCUCAACACAUGGCCUUAUCUCUCCAAAAUAUUACUUUUGACACAAGUCAAGGGAUGGUUAGAAAACGAUGAUGAGGCUGCCCAAUAUUGGCUUUUUGUGAUUUACUGGUCUGUUAAAAAAUGCAGGCUUAACCUCCUCUGGCAGUUUUAUGAUUUUGGAUAUUGAUAUGAUAGAGCAUCAUUGUGAUAUUACCAAUGCAUAUAGAGAUGUAAAAUAAAAACAAAAUCAUUGCCAGAAUACGUACUUUUCCUGCACAGAGUGAAUCCAAGAAAACAACAACACAAUUCUAACUCAAACUCGUCCCUCUCUGUGCUGUUUUGUCCUCUAGUUUUAAUGCCCCGACUCUGUCUUUAUCCUUUCCAAUUUCAAGCGUAAUGAUUUUUUCCAAUUGAUAAGCUCGACCUUGAGUACCCAUCUGCUCCCCUCCUAAGUAUCGAUCAAUGCUGUCAGCUAUUGUUUGAGUGACUUAGAAAGUUUCCUUGCCAGAGCGCAACUUUGUGUUUCUUCGCCUUAAUGUGCCAGAGGGCAGGAAUUGUUAUUUAGAGUUCACAAGAGUGAUCAAAAUUUGAUCUUGAAAUACAGUUUUUUUUUACCCUCAGAGGAAGACCAAAUAUUUAUUCAGUGCUCCUUUAGUUCCUCAUAAGAUACAUUGCUAUUGUAUAAAUAAGGACGUUAAUUCCCCACACUCAGAAGACAUUCUCAGAGCCUCUUUGUAUGGUUAGUUGCAAGUUUGGACUGACUCUGAAAUAUAAUAUUUCCAAGACAUUACUUUCCUUUUGAAAAUUUUCCCAUCCCUCUAUGGUUAGAACAUGUAGUUCACCUUCCCUCUUAAUUUUUGUUUAGCUGAAUAAUUCAGGAAGAGGAUAUAAAAAUAACAACACAAAACAAUGCUGUAAAUUUGAACUAAAUUGAAAGAUAAAAAUUUAAAACGAAAUAAUAACACAGUGGUUUAGCUUUAGUGUGUUUGACAUUGUUUGCUCUGCUUUAAUUCUCAAAUUGUCUAACCUACAUCAUGGUGUAUUAAUUAUUGAUGCCAAUUUGCAUAACUGGUCUUACAGUAUUUAUAAGACAGAACUUGUUGACUUGACAACAGCUUAUUCUCCUGUAACAUAUAAACAAGGUAUUUUGAAAAAGUAUUCCUGGCAAUGAAGAGAAGUUAUACAGUCAAAUGUUUGCUGUCAUGGAUGACCCACUGAAUUUGAAUAGAAUAGAAAAUAAAAUCUGUGUCUGUGUUUACUGUCUUUUAAAUUAUUUUGCUCAAUCCAGGCUCAGGCUGGAGCUGCUGCCCCGUCAGAUGAGGACCCUGAGCUCCCCACAGCCAAGGACGUCAGUGUUGCCUACUGCUCUAUUGCUGAGAUUUACCUCGCAGACCUCUGGUACAGGAGUUACACUGUUGAACGUCACAGCACUAUUUCAUGUUUACUCUUUGGUAGUGAGUUGAGAUUUGUCCAUUUGUGUGUGUUUCUGUGUGUGCAUGUAGCAUGGAAGAGGGAGCUGCAGACAAGUGCAGAGAGUCCAUUGAGAGAGCAUUACAGUAUCACUAUGACAACCCUGAGGCUCUACAGCUCAUGGCAAGUUACCUGUUCAGUACGGAGAGAAACCAGGUCAGUCCGUACACACACACACUCACACACAAGUACAGAGUAAGGAUGAAUUAUCACCACAUUAAAGCAAGAAUCUGCUGAGUUAAUUAUUCUGAGUAAAUUGAAUUGUAUGCCGUUAAUCAGCAGAUGGACACGAACAUUAACGCACACGCACACAGGCAGGUCUUGCUGAUAGGAAUGUUAAUUACCAGGCAGAUCAUUCAGGUCAUAUAGUCAUCUGAUAAAAAGAGAUGAAAGAGUAUCCGACUCAACUCAGUUUAAGCAAGAAAUUCUAAGACCUGUGCUGUAUGAAGCAUCAGACAUGUCUAAAUACACUUCUUUUUGUCCAAAAUGUUGCAAAUUUCAGAGAUUUGAAGAAUGUCUUUUACUGACUGUAAUGAAAGGCAGGAGACAUUCAAGGCAAACUCUUUUUGUGGGCAACUUCUGUGAAACAGGCUUCAGAAUGCUUAUUGAACUGUUACUAAAAAAAAAUCAAACAUUCUAAAAAUGUGACUCCUAUUUUUUUUUCUCCCCACAAAUGGAUACAACACAUGAUGUUUUAUCUUCCUGCAGUUUUCCGAUGAUACCGAAAGGAAAUCAGAGCAGUGAUGUGUUGCCUCACGUUUCAUAUAUCACAACUUAAUAACAUUCCUCUUGUGCUUUCUUCAGAUAAUUUUGUACUAAAAGCAAACAUAGAAUGAAAAUUGUUCACAGCAGUUUUCACUGAAGUAUCCUGGCUGAGAAGUACAUUGUUUGUGUAGAGCCGUGAUUCAUUUCUUGCAUUUUCAAUUACACUUUCAAUGCGCUGUGAGUCAAAAACAGCCCACCUUCUUUGAAUUGGCUGCCGUGGAUGUCUGAAUUAUGCGACAAAUCAAUACAAACUAUCAUAAAAAAAGGAUUAUGUAUGCUCUUACGUCAGCAAACUCGGGGAAAAACUGAGACAUUCUCCAGAGCUAAAAAGUGGAUCUGUAAUACCGACAUUGAGCUGUAGGGGUCAGACUGGCUCCAGUCACCUUUGAUAGCACCCCACAUCUGAAAAUAUUCUGGUCAUAAAUAUGAAAUAAAAUUUAACAUAAAAAUGACCUCAACUUGAUAUUGAAGUCAUUGUUUUCUAAAGAGUAAGAAGUUCAGUCUGUGAAAGUUGAACUUGUAACAUAAAUGCAUCAGUUUUUUCUCCUUGUUGUUGAUUUAAGUGUUUUCUUCUGCAUUUAUAUUUUUGUGACUGAAGUUAAUUCAAUAAAUCCUCUUAAAUCUGCAUUCUGCUGUCUUCAGGAAGGUAAAGAGUACCUGUUGAAGAGUGUCGGAUUGUGGCUACCUGCCCAGAAGCAGAGUGCAGCUUCUUCCAGCUCGGAGGAAGACUUACAGGUGAGCUGGGACUGUUCGUAGUUUGUGUUUUCUCUGACAGCAACCAGCUCUCAUAAGAUCCUGGUUUAUUUAUAAAACACUUUCAGCUAACAGGAUUGUCACACUGUGCUAGGCUGUAAGCAUGCGGCUGAGAUAAAAAGUUAGAGAUAAUAAAACAAGGGAUGGUAAAAAAGAUAAAAGAUGGAUCAAAUACCUCACAGACCAGAGAAAGAGAGAGAGAGGGAGAGGGAAGGCAAAAGGCAAAACCAGGAAAGGAUAAGUGAGAAAAACUACAAAAGGGGAAAUGUUGAAAGAUAAAAAAAUGGCUGUAAUGUCAAAUUUAGGCCGGGUUUUUAAAGCAGCCAAAUAAUAGUGGCUGAGUUUACAUUAUAAUAUGGAGAAAAUGUGAUAAAAGAGGAGUGAGGUGGUGAUACUAGACGAAAAUCCCUGUGGGCCGCUGUUAUGACUCUUAUCUUCGGGAGCAGGUUGAUCUGAACUCAGCCUGCUGACACUUCCACUGUGAUUAACAGCCACAUAGCCGCAGCAUGUUAUGUAGCUGGAAAUUGGAUCGAGUUAUUAUCAGACAAAGGAGGAACUACGUAAGUAGGUGUCUUGCAUUAACACUCACUUUUUUGUCUUUGUGUUCCUUCCCUAGAGUAUGAUCCCCCCGUAUGAGUCUCGCAUCACCACGGCUAAACUGCUCAUGGAGUCUGAGGAAUACGAGGUAAAGUCUGGUGUGUUGUGCUCAUGUACACCCGUUUUGUUGUUGGUGUGUGUUUGUUGGGUAGUAGGGGGAGCAGCCUAGGGUUUCUGUGUGUGUGCGUGUGCGUUUGUGUACUUUACUCUCGAGCAGUGAAGGUGAGAAGGCCGUGCCUGGUCUUUAUUCCCUCUAGAGUUCAGUGUCAAUAAUUGAGGAGUGGUAUUUACAGAGAGGGACAGGGGUAAGGGUGUGCACAGAGGAGGAGAGAGGAUAUGAAGGAGGAAUUUAAAAAAAAGGACGGCAGCUCUAGUGUGAUGAAUUGCUGCCAUAUCUAUGAUGCAGCACACUUCUAAAUCACACAUCAAUUUCAAGUAUUAAUGGCCUUGAUUUUAGUGGCAUGCCGCCUUCAAUUCUGUGCUAAAACCCCCUCUAACAGUCAUUAACGCUUAGAGUCAUUUUCUGUGAUGAGUGCCACACCAGCAGCGCUUCUGCAAUUUUUCUGUUGUGAUCCAGUGAUUAAUUUAUCCUCACUCUUGUUGAGUGGUUUAUGGUUAUCACUGACAGGAAAUGAGAGCUGUGUCCUUUUUUUCCCCUCUUGCUCACAGACUGCUCGGGCGCAGUGGUAUCUGUGUGUGUGUGUGCAUACGUGCGUGUAAGUGUUUUUAGUGGGGGAGAUGGGCUGUCAGGUGUAUCAGUAAAAUGACAACGUCUUGGUCCACAGUUUCUGACAUGUCGUUUGUCUUCAUCGUCCUGUUGGUGUCAUCAGGCUGGAAACACAAACUGCAAACAUCCCGAGUCCUUUAUAACCUGAAUAUUUUGCUGUGUGUGCAGGUACGCAUGAACUCAUCCAUACUCACGUUUUCGUAUUUACUUUUAGUCGACAGCUAUAUGAAAGUUUUUGACAGGAACUGAGCUUGGGGGAGGAAAGAAGAGGAGAAACAAGCUGUUUGCUGUCUGUCUCCUCCAGACUGGGACUUAGCCGGAUUUGAUAGGAACAUCCUUUCUCUUCUCUUUCCUUCCUCUAUUCCUUUGUCAUACACCCUCACCCACUUAUUUUUCAAGCUUACUAUCCCCUACUCUCAGAGGACACAAUAUCUACGAACAUCUUUAAACUCUGCGUAAAGUUGUGUGUUUACAUCCUGAAGAGUUAACAGUUUGAAGGCUACCUUUCCAAACGGGGUACCAGACUUUGACAAUUUGUCUCUAUUUUUUUUCCCAAUCGAAUCAUUUGUUUUCUCUAAACCGAGCCAAGGCUUUGAAAAUCUGAUUAAUUUAUUUGCCAAAGAAACACAAAGUAAUUUUUCCCCCUACUUUCUUCAACUGCACAGAGUAUACAACUAUUUCUGGUUUAUAAAUAAUACCGGUAGCAGAAGAACUCCAAUGCUCUUUGCCAGGAAGCCCUUGUUUGUCGCUGCAGGAGAUUAAGCUCUUUGGCUGAUGGAUGCAGUUUGGCAUUGGACAUUAAAAUUGUUCUGUGUUUUGAGCUUGAAUUGAAAUGAAUCGGGCGUAUGCCAAAAUAGAAAUAUCAUACUGUGAUUACAUUGGCAAAAUUAUCUGCGUGUAUGAUAUUAUCUCAUUAAUUAUUGGGGGAAAAAAUCCCUGUAGUGCACGGUGAUGACAAAUUAAAUUAGAAAAAAAGGCAUUUUGUUCCCUAAAGGCUGUCAGUGGCAGGUAGGGAGCAUCUUAUCGUUUGUCUCGGCACUUCAAGAGGUGUUAGCCCAAAUAAAAAACUUCACACAUUAAACAAUUGACCUUUAUUUUCUCAAAUAGCACCCCUGUGUGUUUUUUUCAAGUUUUUUAUUGUUUAAUCAGUUAAGAAAAUUAAUUCCCAGUGACAUUAAUUAGAGUGAUAACCAGGCUCCAGUGAGGAGUCGGUAUUAUGCUUAUAGUAGUUAUAGCAGGAAGGAGUGCUUGACUUUUCAAACAGUUUCGGAGAAAGUCAUUUUAAAAGAAAUGUUGCUUUUUUUGUUUUAAUACUUUUGAGAGUGAAAAAAAGUUCAACAUGAAAGAAUUAAGUGUGCUUGAGAAAGUCUUAUCUUAUGAUAAGUGACAUACUCUCAUGUUCAGCAGAAUGGAAACCAUUAUAUCAACAGAUGGUAGAGGAGUGUUGUCGUGACUUGUCAGAUUACUGGCAUUAAUAAUAAACUGGCUGAAUGAAUUCUUCAAACCAUCGGUGUGCGACGCCUGCACUUCUCUUUAGUCGUCUUUGUUGGCAUAAUGUGGAUCUGUGCCACUUAAUUAACUAUGGAAGCUCCAAAUAUGCUUUACAAGGUCUUUUCUCCUCUUUUGAUUGUUUUUAAGGAGACUCAUUUGGAUGUUUUCCAAUUUAGUUUGUAAUUUCUUAAGCUUUUAUUGUAAUUGAGUACAAGAGGAGAUUUUGAAAUCGACAUAACUGAGAGAAUUACGCAGAUUGUCUGUUAGUUUUUUGUAUUUGAAACCUUUUCUUACAGCAUUUAAGCAAAUACUUCAUCGAUGGAUUAAGUUAUGCCUGUUAAAUGGUUUAAUUCAUUGCAGUCAAGGUGAAGUAAAGAUAUUUUUCUUUUGGUGACAUAAAUGUAAAUUAAUUAAUUAUGUUGAAGUUUGGGGCAGUGAGUAGGAAAAACAAAACAACAAACUUUUUGACAGCACUACUCAAGCCAAAUUCCAAAAUCUUUUUCACUUUUUUCGACUAUUUAACUGACUAACUCUGAGCUUUAAUAACUACGUUUUUCUUUGAGAUAAAUUCCAGCAACAAUUCAUAUCAUAGUUUUAAGAUGCUAAGUCAUUUACCAAGAAAAAAAAUCAGCGCUCUGGUUUCAUGAAUUUCAAUAUCCCUUCUUUUUGUGCCUCAUUUAAUAGUACCCUGAAUAUAUAUUUUAAUGUUUGGUCUUUUUUUGCUGUAGCACACCAACACAGAUCCACAUAUUAACAUCCUCACCCACCACGCAUCAGCCACUAAUUCACUUGUCACAUAGCAGACACAUAGACUGAGAUACCCUCCCUUGACAGCCAAUAAGGUGUCUGUUUGGUGUGGUUGUCACGGCAGCUGAUGGUUGGUUACUUGUUGUUGUCACUCUUGUUUGCUCUCCUGUUAUUUAUUGGACGUUAUUUUUUUUAAAUGUAGCUUCCAAUGGAUCGCAGUGAGGGCUCUCUAGUGUUGCUUGCAGGUACAGUUAGCACUGACGUCCUCAGGAUUUAUUCACUGAAGUGAACAUGUCCCUUUUUGUGUGUUUGUGUGUGUGUGUGUAUUGGUGUGUGUGUGUAAGAAAGAGAGAGAGAGACAGAGAGAGACUUUGUAUAGGAUUCUGUCUGUUAGAGAUACGGCUUGCCCUCCCUUGUAAAGUGAUUUGUCUUUCUCCUGUCUCUGCUGUGCGCUCUGGUAAAAUGAUUCUGUUAAACAAAAUUGCCUGAAGAUUACACACAUACAGACACACACACACACAUACACAAUGACCAUUAUAAAUGAGUUCCUCCAAGGAGUUUUAUUUUUUUCUGAGCUGGUCUUGAAAUAAAGAGGACAGCACGUACAUAGUGUGUUUCGCUUCCGUGUGUCUGUGUGUGUGUGUCUCUAUGGCGCAUCGGUGUUGUGCGUGCACUAAUUUUUGCAUUUCUUAACAGGACAAUUUCUUGCCCCCCUCCAAUUUCUCUUCUUUUUUUUUCUCGAAGUACCUCGUCUGCUCUCCUUAUCUUCACGGGAAUAUUAAUCUUGUUGUUGUUUAGGGUGUGAAGCGGCUUAAAAAUCUCUGAAUCUUUAAUCACUUGCCCCGGGGUUGACCAGUGUAGUUAGGAAGACGUACAGUUGGAGAUGACAGAACGGUUCAUUGUGCACUCACCCUGGCUCACAGAUAUCUCUUGUUCUAUUUUUGUUGCUCCAAAACUGCCUGUUUUAUCGGUUGUUUAAUACCCCGACAGAUCUUCACUGCUAUCUCUUAUAUCUGGUGCUUGGCUCGAACUGCUUCGUGUGUAUGUGUGUUUGUGUGUGUGCAUGUGUGUGCAUGUGUGUGUGUGUGUGGGUCUUGUCACAUUAUGAUUCAAUGAAAGUCAAGUAGAUAAUUCUGACGCCGGGCAUGAGUCCAGUCACCAUCAGCUGGGAUUAGGUGUUUUUGUUUGUGUAUUUUUAAUCAGUCAUUAAUUAAUUAAGGACAAUGGGUUCUCAGCUGAUAAUUGGUCUAGCAAUCAAUCAAGUGACUCAUCUGCAUCCACAUCUGCACACACUCUUAACGAGGUACUCUCAAUUAACCCCACACUCCCUCAAUCCACCUCAGCAACUGACCUCUUUAUCUCCACCGGAAGCAUGUCGGCAUAAUGAAAAGAGAAGAGAGCCCUGAAGAGCGGGGAGAGGAAGAAAAUUAGGGAGGCUCUGCAGCCAAUAAGACCGCCUUAACAAGAGACAAGAGCUGCUUGUUGUGCUCACUGUUGUGUGCAGCUAUGUUGUUAGUGUACGACUUAGCAGUAAGUGUGUGCGAUCGUGCACGGGAACUCGCGUGUCUCUUUUUUUCAUGCCCUUCACCACGGGUGAUUGGCUAACAGUCGCCUCCAACCUGAAGUUGACAAAAAUCAAUACAUCAUCACCUGGGGGUUCACACAAACACACGGACGACACAACCACAGAAUGUGUAAGGAGAGAAAGCGAGCAAAACAAACACAGCCUGCUUUAGUCAAGCUGUGUUUUCUGUAAAGGAAACGUCCCGCAGAAAGUGACCCAGACAGGGAUGCACUUUGGCAAAGGUCAGCUAACAUUUAACUCCUUUGAGGUCACAAAAGAGAAGGCGGAGAGAAGUGAUCACGCUGAGGUUACUGUUAUUUUGUUAUACUCCUUUUUCAAAAUUUAUAUUCCAUGAUUCACCUUCAGCAGUAAUUAGAAGAGGCUCAAGAGUUUACAGUAUGGACUGUGAAACAAAGUCAAAUAAUAAAAAGGAAAGAAAAAAAAGUUUUUACAGAAAAUUUCACAUAAAGAAAAAGGAAAUUACGUUUAAAUCGACUGUUAAUGCCGUUAAAUGAAUUAAAAAGCCAUCGAGCAGAGCUGCUGAAGUGACUAUUGACUGUGCGAUAAGCACUAGUGAGUGUGUCUAUCGACGGCCAUGUCUGUAGUCUUGUUGGUAUCGAUGAUGUUGUAUAUGGGACGCUGGCCUCAUAGAUGCUUAUCAGACCCUCUGAUCACUCUGAUUGAUCGGCCUGCCAGGGGAGAUGCACUACACUGUGUGCAACAACAAAGUGUUUGUCAUCAUGCGUGUUUGCCUAUGGAUUUACAGCAGCAUACAUGAAGAGAUUACAAGUGUGGACCUAUUUUUUUCUUGUGUGUCUCUUUACUAGUGAUGUUUUUUUAAGAAGUGAUGAUUAUAAAAUCUUAGUUUGAUUUCCUCCUCUCUGUGUCCACAUUAGAUGGCGGUGGAUGUUUUGGAAGGUCUUCUGGAGGAGGAUGAUGAAGUUGUUCAGGUAAGUAAUGAAGCAAGCAAGCUGUUUUGUAUUUUAUUUGGCCAGUAAAGUUGCAUUUGUUUUGUUUAUUUGAUGUAUUUAUUUGCUCCUAUAAAAAGAGGGAUGUGCUGAUGUUUGACUUUGUCCAACUCUGCUUUAAAAAACCCUGAAAUAUCCCUUUAAAUUGAGCAGACUGUCUUUUGGAAAAUAUGUGCAGUGUGAUACUUGUCAUUGCACAGGAUUAAAUGAUUAAGUCUUUUUAGUUUCCCCUUGCGAACGGUCUAAUUACUGUGACACAGUAGCCGUUGCUGACUCCAGGUUUAAGCGAACCUCUCAUCACACCUGCGGGAAGGAGAGAGCUUUAACCUGAGCUCCUGGGCUCCUUCUGCUGAGACACCAUUCAUGUGUAUGCACAAUCGAGCGCCUACACACCCAGACUCCUGCAGUUCAUGCUGUCACCGCUUGCAUGCUCACUCGUGGGGUAUGACUGAGAACUUAAAUGCCUAUUAGAGAGAGGCGUAAAUUGCAGUAUUUAGGUGAAACUAUGUGCUGUCACUCAGCUCCAAAUCCCCCGUGUAAGUGGCAGAGGAAGUAAAGGUGUGCCACUGAGUGUCAGAGAGAAGAGCACAGCCACGUCUCUCUCUCCCCCUCUCCCCCUCAGGCUCAGCCUCCCACACACACACACCCUUCAGCUGACAGAUUGAGAGCAGUCAUCGGGGGUCUGAACUUUUAAACUCACUCCAGAGACACACAGCUGUGACUCUUGAUUUUGGGAGGGCCUACAGCCAGUCACUUUGGCGUACAGUCACAGGUUGUAAUGGACCGCAAGUGCUCUGUCAGAUCCUUCCACAGUGAUGUUGCUAGAGUCAUAUUUAUGAUGUGUGUGUGUGUUUGGAUGGGGGUUUGACUGACACAUUCAACAACAUCAUGCUCUCCCUCUCUCCCUCUUUCUGUCUCUCUUCCCUCUUUGUCUAAUUUCUCCUCUGAGUGGAGUUCAUAAAGUUGUUAGCUCUCGCCUCCGUCUCCUUGCACUCGUAUCUCAAAGUUGGAACCUCACUUGUGAAGUGUUAAGUCUGCACAAACAACUCAGCCAGUUCCUUGCAAAUCUUGUUUCAAAGGUACUCAGUUCAUUCAUGACGCUUUUGUUCUUCCUUCAGCAGCACCAUAUGGGAACUAAGAUGUGCCGUCACUUUGAAAUAACAAUAGUGCCAGUGAUUUGAUUGACAGUCAGGGCAUUAUUUUAUUAUUUGUGCCUCUGUCUGAGGUUGUGGUCGGGUAGAGUGAAUUCUCUGAAGUUCUUAAUUAGCUAACUUUCUCAUAUUUUAAUUUGAAGUACAGAUGCAGAAAGCUUUUGUUAUCAUACACACAAAUAUUUCACACUGGACCAUCUGUGGAGAGUUUUCUGGCCUUGUUCUCGCUGGUUUGAAGGCAGGCAGCGGUUCUUAUUUGUGAAGAAGUUGAGAUUUUGAAUUCAAGUGACCUGAUUUCACUCAUUCUCUCUUGAAUAUGUACUUGUAUAUAUAAAACUCUAAUUUUUUCCAGGCCCCACAUUCACAGAAAAAUGUCUCGGUGAUAAAAAUGUCACUCUGCUGUUUUUGCGCUAUUACUUCAUUUAUCCAGAGCUGCUGUUGUUCUGAUAAGUAUGGCUGCAGGGGGUAGCCUCCCACUCAGCAUGCUGAGCGGCAAUUCAGAAUUCAGUGUGGCAUGCCUUGAUGUGUUUGUUAGCUAAAUGGUUGAUUUGGCAGAGGUGCAGGUCCCUACUGCUUCUGCCCUCAAUGAAUAAUAAAUAAAGCUAAUAUUUGUAUCUUAGUGCUUGAAAGAACAGUGGGUGGAUGAUCUUUGGCCUCAGAUGAGAGGCGCGCACACACCUCCAAGUUCCCUGAGAGUUGAUUGUUUUGAGAGGUGGAAGAGCAAAGCAUCGAGCAGUGUUAUGAUUAUGUAGGAAAGAAAAAGAGUGUGAUUAUGGAAACGAGUUGAUUCUGGUGUGUUUCAGAAUACUAAUGCGUAAUGAAAAAUACUCCUCUACUCACUGCCUAAAUUCUGAGUGGAUUAUUUCAAAGUAAUCAUCUCACUUGUGCAUGCACUCCAGUUGCCAAGUUAAGGUCAGUAGGCAAGUCAAGAGGCCCUUAACUCCUAAAUGUUGUGUUUUCUUCAUCUGAGUAAUGCACAUACAUCUGAAGUCAGAAUCUUGUUGACACCAUGCUGAAAAGGUUGCAUAUUUCCAGUAGAAGAGGCUAAAUCUUCAACAAUAUCUGUGAAUGCACUGAGCGUAGUUUUGAAUAUUUAUUCACCAGAAUGUUACAACAAAAGACAGCUAACCCACGGGAGCAACAAGCGUUACAGAUCCGUGAUUCUUGACAUUAUGAUCUGGUAAUUGGCCCGGUAAUUCUCUGCUGGCCUUAUCUGAUUGAGCUGCAGGCAAGUUGCAUAAAUAAUGCAAGGUUUGAAAAAAAAAAAACAAUCUAAACUUGGAUCUAAAGCCACGAAUACAAACCGAGAUAGUAUGAAAUAUAUCAUUGUGAAAGUGCAGCAACUGGACCUUAUUCCUGCGUGAGAAAAUGUCAUAAAUAUCAGAUCUCUGAGAUAAAAACAACACAGACUUGAGAUUUUAAAAUGAUUAUCUUCAGAAUUUUAUUUAUAGAGAGAAAAACAACACUAUCAUAUACUGAAUGGUCAAUUCACUAAGCACACGCUUCCACCAAGAUCUAAACUUGCUUUAUUUUUUUGGAUCCUUGCCUCCCUUUGGAUUUAUCUUCAAUUUCGAUAGAAAGAAAACAAACUGAAAUGCUGAAUAGUGGUGCAACAGGUCACAGCUGGUCAGUGAUCUGUUCAUAUCCCCUUGAAUGGUUCAGACUGCAUGUGGGAGGCAGAUCAAUGAAAACUUUACCAUCAACCUGUGCAAUAAAAAAAUAUGACCUGAUUUUUGAAGCAUGUUCUUCUGGACUAACAGGGUUGAUCAUUAUUAUGGGCUCCAACUAGAAAAGAGCUGUGACACCCCGACUGUAAAGUUGGCUGAUUAAUCAGGCUUUUAGUGCAAUUUUGUCCCUCAAUCAUAAAAAUAUAAUACAGGGGUAUCUGCAGGGUCUUAAAAAGUCUUAUAACAUCUAAAAUCCAAUAAUUUGAAUUUAAGGCCGUAACGUCCAAAAUUCUCUUAAAAUCACAUAAAAUGUCUGAAAUACAACUUUAAAAGGUCUUAAAAAUGUUUAAGUCUAUUUACAAAAAAAUAACGUGCCAUAGGAAUAAAGACUGAUUUGAAGUGAUGUAAAAUAUUCUGAUUUUCCUUCAUGUCUUUUAUACUUUUUUUGCCAGUAUUAGGAGUGUCCCGAUACAACUUUUUGACUUCCAAUAUGAUACCGAUAUUGAUCCGAUAUUGGCACAAAAUUGUGCAUGACAGGUUUUUCACUCAGUUGCAAUGUCUUUUUUGGACUUAAACAAAAAAUACUGCCACAAGGCCAAUAUCACUCCUACUCCUUGCUACUUUGUUAGUACCUUAGCACACGCUGUUGCUGUGAUUUUGUGCGCUCAGCUUGCUGGAUCAGGGUGCUGCAAGAUAGAGGUGCCGGAGCGGAGUCUGGAAUGGACUGCUUGUAUCGGAGUGCUGAUAUCGUAGAUUUUAGAUGCAGGCUGAUAUAUUCCGAUAUUUGUUUUUUUGCUGAUAUCGGACAAAUAUCUAAUAUCAAUAUCAUAUCGGGACACCCCUAGCCAGUAUGGAUGUUAAAUGGUUCUUAAACUACAUUCAUUACAGUCUUUAAAAAGUCUUAAAUUGACUUGUUGAAACCUGCAGAGACCCUGAGACUGAUUAGCGUGCAGCCUGCUGGGUUCCUCCCUGUCACAUCCUAUAUUUUGAAUGGAACACACCCACCCUUCCUGAACAGCAGAGUGGAUGUUUCACCCCACGGGUGAAACAAAGUUUGAGAGCAGGAGGAGGUUGUGGUUUGCCAAGAUGAAGCUGUAACUUCAACAUGUUGUGCAACAGCACUACAAACUAUCAGGCUGCCCUAAGUGGAGAGAGGAGAGCAGGGAGAGACAUGCUUUGGUUAACCAAAAAGGUAGCAAAAUAGAGAGCAAGGGCACGAUGGUUAGUACAAAAUAAGUCCCAAAUUGUAAGCCGAGCAAGGAGAAGAAAAGCUCUUUUUUUUUUUUUUGGGUCUCUCCAUGAGCCAAAGAAAACUGAGAUUUGUGAUCAGUGGCAACGAAAGGGCUGAAAAACCAUCUGAUAGAUUAAACAACAGAGACGCAAUAAAUGUGGUGUGUACAGAAAAUACCAAUCAUAAACCCACUAAUAAUGAAAAACACCAGAGGUUGUACAACACAUGAGGAUACAGCACCCAGGCAGUAUAUAUAUUAGGUUAAAAGAAAAAAAAUUAGAAUUUCCUUUUCAUGUAAACAUGCACUUGUGUGGUAAUAGAUGCAAUAAACAUAAAUUAGAGUGUUUCAUACUUAUAUCUUUCUCUUAAGUUCCUAAAAAUACCUAUAAAAUCAAAAUUAAACCAAAGCAUCAAUAUGCAACAGUAGAUUCUUUUGAAUUUCUGGUCAUUUACAUAACAUGUUAGUCAAAGACGCAGUUAUUUAUAUAGCAAACACCUUUCAUCUGCACUUGUCUUUCAUAUUUGCAGCAUUUUUUCCCCUUCACAUUUUUGAUAUUUUUAAAUGGAUUUGUUGUAUACCAAAGAGUACUUAAACAUGGCCACAGGGAUCAUGACACAUUUUUCCUUAGAGCUGAUUCCUGAGGAGGCGGCUGUUUUACAAUUUUUUUGCAUUGACUGCUCUGAACAUAACCUUCCCUGGAGCAGGUAUGAUGUGGAAGCUGGAGUUACCGUGAUGAUGAUGAUGUUGUACACGGUUAAAAAAUGAGCCACCAGUAUGGAGGCAGGGGAAAAAAAUCAGAGUGGAGGCCGAGUAAUCUUGUUAGCCCACUAAUCCUGCUUUCAGAGGCAGGCUGCAGGACCGUGGUACCUCAAAUCCUCACAAGUUUUAUAAAAAGAAAAAUAUAUGCUAAAGAGAGAUACAACUGAAGAAAUCAAAAGUUUCAUAAAGAGAAUAUGCAAAAUAAACUCCUUCUUUAAUUUUACAACAAGGCUAAUUUUCUCCUGAACACAGCCUGGAGGUAAGAUGUGAAGGUACUAUUAGCCUCAGGAAAUGUGUGUAUAUUAUGUAAUUAUGUCAUGUUCUAGUUUAUGUUUCAGUAAAGCAGAUUAAUUCAUUUAAAGGUAUCAACAGACUUGGGAUAGUGAAGUCGGUUUGUGCAUUAACUCUUCAGUAUGUCAGGUUUCAAUCUUGUCGGCAAUGAUUGAUGAAUCGCAUGUUUGUCUGCGCGAUUCCCUGUCACGUAUGAGAAAUGUGUUUGUCAGAAGAAGAUGUCGAAUUUCAUGCAGACAUGCUGCACCAAAUCUGUUCCCUUGUCACAGCUACCUUGUCGUAAAAAAACACUCACUCGCACAUUUUUGUCCGCCUCAUGCCUCCCAAACACACCUGUUUUUUUUUUUUCUCUGUGACUCUCAGGUGUGGUAUCUCUCCGGGUGGGUGUGCUACCUCCAGUUGGAAAAAGCAAAGGAGCAGCAAGAAAGAGAGGGACGACAAAGGACAGAGGAGGAGAAGGAAGAGGCGAAUGCAUUGACGGACGCAGCUAGAUCAUACCUGACUAAGGCUAAGAAGGUACAUGAGGUCAAGCCCUCACAGAAUCAAAGUCAUAAUAAAAACAAAAGAUCACUGCUUAUUGGUGGUUCAGGUAUCAUAUAUAAACAAGUGACCAAAACUUGAAAGUUGUCUGGUUAUUGCUGGUGCAUAACUGAAUACAUUUACUCAGAUGCCAUACUUGAGUAUAACUUAGUAGCACAUCCUAUUUCCUUUGUAUGAUACAGAGUAAUAUAAGAGCCGCGAAGUUCUGUGGACCAUAACUUCAUGAGAUGAUCCACUUCUCUCAUUUUAGUGCAGCCCACCGCUCUUGUGAUAUUGCUGUAUGUUAAGUCACAUUUAAAUUAACUGUAACCUGUAGUAAUGAUGACUUUCUUGUGAAGUUACAACUUUGUUUUCAUAGAUUGAAACAGUAUUCUUAAAAAUGUACAACUCUAAUCUCAUGUAUUGAUAACCACUUUCUUUAAAAUGACACAUAUUUUUUUCUAAAGAAUUUAUUCUUGAAGAAUUAGUUUUAUUUUCACAGUUUGUUUUCGUCCAAAAUGUGGCUCCAAUUUUUCGUCACACCAUUGUCAUUUUGUUUAUCUCAACAUUGUCCAGUUGAUAAUUCAGUUAAAAGUUUAAGUCCCUUUUCUUUCAAAUAUGCCACAUUUUAUCAUUUUUAUUCACUAAUGAAGUGCAGUAAACAGAAUCAUUUUAAAGAAUUAAUCUAUUAAACCAACCAAAUUUAUCCAUUAAUUUUUCUUGAAAAAUACAUUUAAAUAUGUCAAAACCCACUCAACUCUGGGUUAUUGUUACAGACCCUGUCUGCUCUUUUCCUAAGUUUAAAAAGCAUUACUUUUAAUGGAGAUUAAGAAAAUAAUGAGCAUUCAGUGGUAAAACUACAAUCAUGUAGCUGUCUGACAUUUUAAAAAUCUACCUCAACUAAAACUUGCAUAAAUAAUGAUAAACUUUGUCGUAAUAAUGUCAUAAAAUGACGAAUUUACAAUAUUGAUUUAUAAGAUUAGUUUACAAAAUGAAUAGAAAUGUAUUACAAUAAUAACUGAAUUGGUGCUAGAGUAGUAUUACGAUAAAUAUUGAGGAAAAAAUCACAUAUUUCAUGCUUUUGUUUUUACCUCGAUGACAUGUAGAAUGCAUGUUGUUAAGUAGUAAUGGUAUAUUUUUUUUAAGCAUCAGACAUGAAUAAUUCUUUGACUGCUGAGUACAGAAACUGUGGGUACAGACAGUUACCUCCAGCACACUGUCACAAUAGGUGAGACUCAGUAGGACCAGUUCUGCUGGAGUACACGCAGUGCUGUAACCACAACAGGAUCCCAACCAUGCUGCAUUGUCGCCACAGAAUUGUCUUUUAUACCAUCUAAGAGUUUUACAUGUAACCCUCUCCAUCUCCCAUUGCCUCGUCCCCUCUCCCUCUGUCUCUCACACACACACAUACUUAGAGCGAUGUGUCUCAUUCACUCUGUCAUUCUGCCAGGCAGCAGUGCCUCUAUGGAGCUGUGAUUCAUGUUAGUCUAAAAACCAAUAGGCUUGUAAAUCAGACAGCACAGACUGACGGAUGGCAGGCCCCACCUACGAUUAUUUUCUUCUUCUCUUUACUUUCCUCUCCUUCUCAACCCCCCCACCCAACUAACUACCCUCACGCCUCCCCUCCUGUCCCUUCAUGUUCCUCUAUAUAUGAGCAGGGGCAGCAGAGUGGUAAUAUAUUGACGUCUGUCUCUGAGGCCAGCAGCGUAGUGACAGGCCUGUCUAACCAGCAUCCACAAGGGAUGACUACAACUGAGACAGAAGUGAGGUGGGUUUACAGCUGCCAAAAAAAGUAAAAAAUGAGGAGAGGGAAAUAAAGGCUCAGGAUGCAUAUAGAUUUAAGCUGCCAGCUUUGUGCUGAGUUAAUGAAAAAAAAAAAAAACAAAUUGGAAAAAGUGGAAUUGAGAAAUAGGGAAAAUUACGUUCUUAACUAUUUUUGCUCAGAGAGAAAAACUGGAAAGAAAUGAAAAGGUGAAGGACUGGUAGAGGAAGAGGGUGAGGCAUCAGAGCAUGACAAGUAAACAGCAGAGCUGUUUCUUUGUGGAGUGAGUAAAGCAACAGGUGCAGAAUAAUGUGAAAGGUGAGUGCACAAAGACCUUGAAAAAGGUGAGGUGAAAAGUGGAGAGAAAACAACCCCCCUAAUGGUGCACUUAAUAUCUCCACUCUGUACUGCACUGUUGCUGGUAUCUGUGUGUGUAUCGCUACAUUGUGCUUCUCCCCUGUUUAUAUCCAAGCUUUGUUUCUGAGCGCCAACGUGAGUGUUAAUUAUUAACGAUGAGUCAGUCUGCUAGUUAAAAUGGGCUCCAACAUGGAAAUGAGGCCUCAAAGCCCAACGGCUUGUUUUGGCACCAGUCCACUUCUCUGCAUACUCCAUGAAUUUGCUAAGUGUGUGUAUGUAUGCAUGUAUGUGUAUGAGUGUGUUUGUGUGUGAGUGUAUGUGUUUGUGUGUGUGGUGUCAAAAAAACAUGUGGUUAUGUGUAGGCGCACCUUAUGUGGAUGCACAUAUUUAAUCACGGUUAUGCCUGCCAACUUGCAUAUCUAAUUAUUUGUUAAGAAAUGCCUUCGUUAUUCAUUUCUCCUAUGAUCAAUACACAUGCAUUCCCUCCUUAUCUCUUUGUCACGCAUGCACACAAACACACACACACACUGCAUUCAGCUGAGAUGCUCUAAAAAGGAAUGAUAGGGAGGAAUGAAUGGGUCGAAAGGACGAAAAAGAAGUGUAGGAGAAGAGCAGAAGGGUGAGCAGGAGUGGGAGAAUGAAAAGGGAGGUGAGCAAGGGAACAGAUUGGAUGUGGGGUGUGUGCAUGUGUGUGGUUGUGUGUGUGGUUGUGUGGGUGCAGGGGGUGUAGCUGGUGAAUAGUGGCGAGGGUAAAAUCAAUAGUAAACCGGACGUGAAAUGGAAUUUGAGUCUCAGCCAGAUAGGGUGCGAUUGAGGAAGGAUCUGCAGAGUAUGCACAGAGGACGAUGUUAUAUAGGUGUGUGUGUGCGCGUGCGAGUGCACAAAGGCAGCUAGGGCAAACAGAGGUCAAAAGCUUUACUAUUUGAUGUGGCUGAAAGGGUAUCCCAUGAGCACAGAUUGUGGGUAUAGUCAGCCCAGGGUGUGCUUGUCAUGUAAUUUUAAUGCCAUUCCCCACCAAGGAGGUGACCAGAGGACUGAAGCAUAUGUGUGCGUGUGUGUGUGUGUGUGUGUGUGUGUGUGUGUGAGUGUGUGUGUUUGUGUGUGAGUUUGCGGUCAGCCCUCCUGAGACUUCAGUGACAUGCUGUGUUCACACACAAUAAAGUCUAAUCUCAGCCAGUGUCACACCAUUGCCAGAAAGAUGUGUUUGUGCGUGCUCAUGUGUGUUUGUGUGUGUCUUGUUUCGUAUUGCAGACAGGGCGGACUAGGAUGUUUGGAGAAACUCUGACUUUUUUUUUGUUUGUUUAUCUCUCUUGUUAAUGAAGAUAUUUCAAGUAGUACUACUGUGGUUGAUUUUAAAAUAGGGAGCAGGUAGUGCAAGACUGAGGAUACUUGCAGGCUAGGAUAAGUGUAAAGGAGGAAAGGAUUUAGGUACCAUUCUGCCAAAAGGCACUUGUGUGUGUUUGUGUGUGUGUGUGCGUGUGUGUGUGUGUGUGCAUGCAAGCUCAAGUAAAAGACAUAAAAGUAUGAAAAGGUAUCUAUCUCCUUGACAGGGAGGUCAUCCGGUGAGAGUGUUGGAGUGUGAGUGAAAAGGAGCUGAAGACAAAGUGCAGGAGAGGUAAAAUCUACCGUGUUGGGAGAAUGAAGGCAUAAUGAAAUGGAAUGAAAUGAAAGAAGAGGUGAAAUGAAAGGGGAAGUUAAGUAUAGAUGUGGAACAAAGGGUGAACAAUGAUGGAAUGAUUAGGCUUUCACCCUAUAAUCAGCACAUCUUAAUUCUGCCAUGUGAGGUGGAGAAAAAAAACCAUUUUUUAUCAAGAAAUGAGGGGAAAAAGAAUCACUUAUAAGAUUCAAGGUACAUUAGGCCUUGAUAUUAAAAACCUUUUGUCCACCACUAGACAGAGAAAAGUACUUACAGAUGAUAUAGUAUACUGUAUGAUGCACCAUACUGGAGUUGAUUGAAAGGAAUGAAGAGAAAAAUGCUCAGAUUUUCUUUUGUAAGUACUGUUAUCUAGUACUGCAGAUUUAUCCCGCCUUUCUCCCCUGACUUUAUUUAGCAGAAAAUCCCAGCAUGUUGCAGUGUACCGACCAUGAGCAGGGUGAAACGGCUCCACAGGCACUCAAACUCCAUGGUGCACCUGAAGCCAGCAUACAUCAGGUUUCUUAUUUAAUAGGCAUAUUCAAUUCUGUUAUCAUAGAUGGGAGCUGUUAACGUCAUUACCAUAAAGUCAAAUUCACCCACUUUGCUUUGUUGAUUUAUGAUGCAUUUUGUCAGGGCAUGUCUGCGCCUAGAGCUCAAAGAUGAAUCAAAAUUUUCAAAUUGAUUUAACUUUUGUGCUUACAGCAAAGGGCACUGAAUGAAAGACUAUGGGUUUGGAUUUAUCAGAUAUAUUCAUUAUUAUAGUGUCAACCUCUACAGGGUCAACUUUGGCUCAACAGCAGUGACUCUUAAUCCAGUAUAAGAAACAGAAUCUGAAUUUUAAAGGUGCAGUUCGAAGUGUUUAGUGGCUUUGAGCUGAACAGACUGAACAGAAAAAAACAGGAAAUGAUAUUCAUAAGUAUGUGGACAUUGAUGUAUAAUCACCUGAUUGUAAAACUUGUUUUGUUAAUUUGAAAUGAGCCUUUUAUAUCUACAUAAGUAGGGGGUCCAUGCACGAGGAUGUUUCUACAACAGCACAGAGCAGACAAACUUUAGUGGGUGGCCGCUGAAAAGGUUUGGUUGAAGGAUGAAAGUGAAAGUGGGUGUCGAGUCCAACAGAAGUUGUACUGAUAGAAGUUUCUGAAAGUAAAACAAGAAAUCAUAUAAUAAUGCAUCAGAGGAACUUCUUUUCUUCAAAGGUCACUGUUGCUUCACUGACAGAAGAGGUGAGCAAGGUAGUGAUUCAGUCUAGAAUCUGACCACUAGAUAUUGCUAAUUUUUCUCAUUUCCACACCUUUGCUUUUAAUAACAUAAAACUGUAACAUCACAAGGUAAUACUCCCCAAGUAGAUUAACAUGGAAACCUCAUUAUUAUCUUUUAAAUCUCUUUCAAAUACACAUUUUUAUGGACGGGAGAUAUAAUCUGAUUGUUUUAAUCCUUUAGAUGCUGAUUUCACUCUCAUUUUAGGCACUAACACCAACAGCAUUGAGUGUUGUUUCUCCUCUGUCUUAUUUCCUACAUUGCUUUUAUUUCCGUUUCUCGAUUGGUGGAUUUAAAUCUUUUCAAAUUGAUUAUGGUGGUCUAUAGUUUUGGUUGUGCAAAUCCUGUUUUUAACUGAAGUUCUUUGUGUCAUUUUUAAAUCGUACUUCUGUCUAUUUCUUAUACCUCUGUUGUUGUUGAGUCACUGUUUAGUUCAAACUGUUAAAUCCUAGUUCAUGGUAGGGCUGGGCGACAUGGCCUCAAAUCAAUAUCACGAUAUAUUGAGCAGUUGACCUCGAUAACGAUAAAUGGACAAUAACUACUCCACAAGCUGCUCGCUCCCUCCCACAUUAACUUCGUCUACUUCAGCCGCCGCUCCAGACGCUACAACUUUUGAACCGUCCUCCAUCUCCUCACCUGUCUUUUGCUCUUUGUUAUGGACUGGAUGAGGUGGAGUCACGUCACUGACGUAGGACAGCGUCUUGAAGAGACAUGAGACCAUAGCCUACCUACACACAUCCAAAAACAACUUUUAUUUAUUUAUUUUUUUGACACUGAGUAUACGGAUGUGGGCAAAAUGAUGUUGGUUAUUGUCGUAAAUUUCAGUAUCGGUAAAUUUUCAGUUUAUGGCCCAGCCCUGGUUCAUUGUAUUCCCAACUUUGAUUUCUGUUUACUUGUAAAGCACUUUGUAACCUUGUUUUGAAAAGUGCUAUAAAGCCAAAGUUCAUAUUUAUUAUGUAUUAUUGUUAUUUAAAACCAUGUUUGUUAACUAAUAGGGAAGCAAGCUUUAUUCUUUUGCUAGCAUUUUACAUAGAAUCAGGUAUAGUAUACAUGUUCAGCUUUUGGGUUCUUGUUUGAUCGAUCUAAUAUUUGCCACAUAGCACAAUCAAAAAUACAGCCAAGGCCAAAGGGUCAUUUAUUUUUGGAUCAAAUGAGAUUAUGAUCAGAAAAAUAAUCAGCUAUUUCAAUUACCACAGAUAAAUCCAGGAAUUUGUACCAAACUCAUGACAGUCUUGUAUUUAUCAAGAUCUUGAACGCUAAAGUCUUGCUGUAUUACUGGUACAUGUCUGUGCAGUUAACUUGAAGGUGGUGCAACACUUUGGUCCAAAGUGUCUGAAUCAACUGAUCCAUGGAUCAAAUUGCAAUCCCCCAGAGCCAUGGUGCGAGAACAGCUUCAGACAAUAGCGGGUACACAGAUGUGUCGAUGCACCCCUGUGCAUCUUAGUGUAAAAUGUGUCUGUGAGUUGUUCUGGUGGUGGUCAAGUGUGCUUUGGGCCGUGACUUCGGGCUAGAAAGUAGGGCAAAGUGGACCAUGAAAAAGUUCUACGAUUAUACACACCAGACACUUUCUCUCUCUCUCUCUUCCUUUCCCUCCCUCUCUCCAGGCAGCUCUCUGGGCCGUGAAAGUGAGAAGAGAAAACAUAGGCUGUUGCAAAUGAGAAAUGCUUGUGUUUUUUUGUGGCGGUGGUGCUGAUCUCAGCAGCGUUUGGUUGUGAAUGUGUAAAGAAUAGCUUCUGCUUGUAUAGCUAGCUGAAAGACUUGCGGUGAAUAAUCACAUUCUAUCAGGCAGACACACUUUGUUAUUGAUUUGUUAGAAAAAUCACCGCAUAUAAAUGCAUUUCCCAAAUAGCACCAGCUAUCCUUGCUCCUACACAAUUUUUCUUCUUUCUUUUUUACACAUUCGCUAUAUUUCUUACAUUGCCUUUCAUGCUGCUCAUAUGUAAUGUCUGCGUACCGCUAACUCAAGGCUGUAACAUGCUAUUAUUGUGUGUGUGGCUGUGAUUUAUUGUAAAGCAAACUGUUGGGUGAGUUGUGGAUAAACACCUCCUGGUGUUUCAGUGGCACCGGCAGAAUGAAAUUAUUUCUCCUGCUAAACAUGCAUUUGGUGCUCCGGGGGAACCUGAGAGGGUCAUCUCUUUCCCGAAAGCACAUUUUUGCCUGGACCUGGGUCACACUCCACCUCCCUGGAGCUCCAACCUGCAAAAACAGUAUCCACUUAAAUAUAUAUACACACACCAACUCCACACAUUUUUACACUCUAAAUGAGUUCCCAUGGGAGUCUGUGUCUCCUGUCAGGACCCGCUGUUGCUUAGAGACUGGUCCCAGGGCAAAGCAGUCACACACACUCUUCCUCACUCUCCUGGCCUCGUUACACUUUUAGUGAGAAUGAUGGUACUCAGCUGCUUACUGUCCAUGAGCUCAAGUGACUGCCUGUGUGCCUCUGUGUGUCUGAGUGUGUGUGUAAAACAUUCCUAGAUCAUAUCAACCAUUCCCUGUUGCCUUUCUAGGAAGAGAAGCAUAGGUCUGUGUGUCAGCUUGCCUCACUCUGUAUAUUAUGCGCACACUGAAAGUUACUGUUUCGCUUCCUGUUCUUGGUGGUAGUAGCAGUAGUUUUAUCACCCAGCUCCACUUUGAGUUCAGUAAUUACACACGCAGAGUAUUUUACAGAGAUAAAUCUGCUGCCUGCUUUGAGAACAGCCCUUUUUUAUCUCGCUCCUUCAUGCGUAUUUCACCGAGAUAACAACUUUGAUUAAGUGUCUGUAUGUGCGCAUGUACUCCACAUUACCGCGUGUGCUGCGGGUUACAUUGCUUAACAUGUGUGCGCGUUAAUGUUGCUCUAGCAAGAGGAAGAUAAAUGGUCUUUUUGUCUCCUGUGCGGCUGAACAGUGUAUCAAAUGUGCUGAUUUGCCAAAUGAAAGACAAAAAGUGUUUACCAGCGAUUUGCGAGCCAUGACUGCGGUGCUGACAAAAUGCAGCUGCUGUUGGAUAUUUCAGGCGGCCUAACCAGCACUUAGAGACUUAAAAACCUCAAGGCUGCUCACUUCCCUCCAACUCCAAGCUGCUGCUUACUGAUGCCGCAGUGAUGCACUGUUAUCUCCAGCCACACAACGACAGAGCUUUUCAGUCACUGUAUCUCAUUUCUUGUAGUGCCUAUGCGGUAUAAUUUUGCACUCUAUGUUUGCUCUCAACAUUUCUGCUGUAUAACCUACUUUCUAUUUAAAAUUUCCAUUUUCCAGUGUGCUUACUAGCUUAUUACACACUUGCAUCAUCCUUUCUUGUCUUUUUUUUGUCCUCUUCCCCCCUUGCUUCCCCAGCUGCACGGUAAGCUGCGGUGUGAUGACCAGCCGGUGUUGGAGCAUGUGGAACAGCUGCUGGGUGAGCUGGGAGGAGAACUGGAGGGCGAGGAGGGAGACCCUGUCUUGGAUGAUGAUUAUGAACCCUGUAGUGAUGAAGAGGAGGAAGAUAUUGCAGAGGCACCCAUGGAACACUGA